AUGGCAGUAGAACUGAAGGACUCUGUCCUUCAGCAAUCAGGCAUCACUCCCAGUGAGUUUACAGAGGAUGACUUUGUGUCUUUCAACAAGAUUACAUCAGGAAGUUUUGCAAGUGUCUUCAAAAUAAAACACAAAUUGUGGAGGGUGAACUUGGCCUUAAAGUGUUACCAUUUAUUAUGUGAAGAAUCAUCUUCAUUCGAAAGGUGACAUCUGAUGGAGGAGGCAGCAAAGAUAUCGAGAGUGAGGUUUAAGCAUACUUUACCAAUAUAUGGGAUUUGUACACGACCAGCCGGAAUUGUAAUGGAAUAUUUGGAAAAUGGCUCGCUGGAUAAGUUGCUUGUCAGGGAUACGUUACCUUGGCCAAUGAAAUUCCGGAUUAUUCAUGAGAUGGCUUUGGGAAUGAAUUUCUUGCAUAGUAUGAAUCCACCUCUACUUCAUCUGGAGCUGAAACCUGGAAACGUACUCUUGGAUGAAAACCUCCAUGUCAAGAUAGCAGAUUUCGGAUUAUCAAAAUGGGAAGAUACCUUGAGCAAUAUGGAACAAAUUGAAAGGUCUGCAAAGAGAGGAACCAUCAUCUAUAUGCCACCAGAAUUAUCAAGCGUACCUUCUGGAGUCAAGCAUGAUGUUUACAGCUUCUCCAUUGUUGUGUGGGAGGCCCUGACUCAGCAGAAGCCCUAUGCUGGGACAAACAUAAUGGCUGUAUUUGUGAAGGUGGUAGCAGGAGAGAGACCAUGCCUCAACAUAAUUCCAGAAAAUGGUCCACCAGGAUGUGCACAGGUGGUGGAAUUGAUGCGAAGAUGUUGGGAUCAGGAACCAAAAAGACGGCCUGCAUUCUCAGAAAUCAUUGUGGAAACCGAAAUAUUGUGUGGCCUCUUACAAUUUCCAGACAUUCAAGCCAAUAAGACAACUGAGAAAUCAAAGAUGACCCCUCAGUCGCCACAAAGUAGCUUUCACAAUGGAACAAUAAUUGCAGAGAUUGCAAGUUAUGAAUUGCAGAAGUUGAGUCUGUUGUCAGGGACCGAGAGCAUUGGUGAAGUCUCCAUUGAUUCUAGAAGGGAGCUGUUACAAUCUCUACUGGAAAGAGACAUCAGUAAUUUGAAGAGAAUAUUCAGAAAAGAGCACGUUACUCUGAGCUAUGUGGAAGACUACACUUUGAUGCACUUGGCUGUUCUCACUGGAGAUAUGGAGUUUGUUCAGCUUGUACUGAAGUACGGAGGCUCUGUAAAUGCUCAAACAUCCAGAGGGGUCACGCCUCUGAUACUAGCAGUACAGAAAAGCCUCGUGGAUCUGUGCAUGUUAUUAAUCCAGGAGGGAGCUGAAGUGGAUCUAAUGGAUGAAGACAAAUGGGCACCUCUACAUUUUGCUUCUCAAAAUGGGGAUGACCGCAUUGCCCGGCUGCUUUUAGACAAGGAUGCCCAUGUCAAUGUAAAGGAGCACGACGGGUGGACACCUCUCCACCUAGCAUCUCAGAACGGCCACGAGAACGUAAUCCGGGUGCUCUUCACUCGACAGGCCAACGUCAAUUUACAGGAGACAGAUCGUCGCACAUCUCUUCAUCUCGCUGCUUAUUAUGGUCACUGCAACAUCACGAAGCUACUGAUUAGUCAAGGAGCUGAUCUCAAUAAAGCACAGAUUGGCCUUAAGACUCCCCUCCAUCUAGCGGUUGAGCGGGGUUUCUUCAGGGUCACAAGGCUGCUGGUGAACAGUGGAGCUGAUAUCAAUUGUCUAGACUGCUCUCAUUACACCCCUCUGCAUUUGUCGGCGCUGAAUGGCCACACAGGUAUCUGCAGGCACCUCCUGAAGCAUGGAGCUAAUGUCAAUCAAAAGUCCUUGCAAAAUUGGACACCCCUGCAUCUUGCUGCUUUGAAAGGUCAAAUAACAACAGUACGACUUCUGAUUGAUAGUUUAUCUGACCUUAAUGUCAGUGGAGACAGUGAAUGGACUCCUUUGCAUCUGGCAACCUGCUACAACCAAGAGGAAGUUGUCUCUGACCUCCUAGAAAGAGGUGCCAAUCCUAAUGCCACUGAGGCAUCAGGAUGGACACCACUGCACCUUGCUGCCCACAGAGGCAGACUCUGCUGUCUUAUGAAGUUGCUUGAUCACAAAGCCAAUGUUAAUGCUGUCAAUCGAAUUGGGUGGACAUCGCUGCAUUUGGCAGCUCUGAGUGGCAGUGUAAACAUUGUAAGAACGCUGAUUACAUACGGUGCUGACUUGAAGGCUAGGGAUGAGAAUCAGAACACUCCCCUUCAGUUAGCUGUGAAACAUCGGAAACACAGUGUGGUCAGUGUACUCACAGCUGAAGAAGCGUCAAAAGCUAAUUCAUAA